AUGCCAGGCAGUCCCUUGGCGAUAGAAGUACAGGUCCAUCAUAUUCUUAGUGUAAUGGGAGGCAUGGUGCUGGAAACGAAUAUGAAUGAAAUCCUUUUAAGGCUUCAGAAACAAGAAAUACUGGAAAAGCAGGAGUUAACGAUUCUAAAAGUUCCUUCAGAGUUUGAUUACGAUACCGCGAAGAACUAUGCAGUGGAUGUUACAUCUGUUGAUUCAUUAGCGACAAAGGAACAAAUUCGUUGGAGACUAAUCGAAAUAUCUGAAACUCAGAUUUUUAGCAUUGCAUUCAUUUGGUUCGAUGCCUUUGGGACGGACAUGGUGAUUAGUAUUCACAAAGCUUAA